AUGAUGAAGAACGAGGCCGCUGCGGCAGAUGCAGAAGACUACACGGAAAGUGAUGACGAAGGUGCUGAGGGCUAUCGCAAGGGCGGAUACCACCCCGUGCACAUCGGCGAGAUCUAUAACGGCCGAUAUCAUGUUUUGGCCAAGUUGGGGUGGGGACACUUCUCCACCGUGUGGCUUUGCCAGGAUCUUACACAGCAGCGCUAUGUGGCAAUGAAGGUGCAAAAGAGUGCGCCGCAUUACACAGAAGCGGCGUACGAUGAGAUUGAGCUCCUUGCUGAGGCUGCCAAGCGGUGCAAAGACGAAGCUUGGGAGGAGACACAGAAGGGCCCAAGCCGUAACCUUUUUCCGGAGAUUCCGUUCACAGGUGUUGUGCAGCUCAUAGACUACUUUGAGCACUUCGGCGUCAACGGCAAACAUGUUUGCAUGGUAUUUGAGACAAUGGGCCCCAACGUGCUGGCUCUUAUCAAAAGGUACAACUUCAAGGGCAUCCCCUUGGACAUCGUGAGAAAGGUCACAACUCACACGCUCAUUGGCUUGGACUACCUGCACAGAGUCUGUGGCAUCAUCCACACCGACUUGAAACCUGAAAAUGUGCUGGUUGGAUGCCCGCGCGGGGUGCCUGUCAACAAGCAGGGGGUACCCCUCGUUGGCAAUGUGGAUCCCGCAAUGGUCGCAGCCAAGAGGGAUGGCAAACUGCAGAAGGAAGAGAAGAAGCAAGGCAAGAAAAAGGACAAAGACAAAAAAUAUGAUGAUGAUGAAGGCCAGGGAGAUGACGAAGCUGAAGCGGUCCCACGCCCGCCACCUGUGCUGGUACCUGAGGCCAUGCAGGCAGCACCGAACCCCUCCAGCCUCAAUGAGCCGCCGUACAUGAAGCCCUACCUGAAGCCAUCGCGAUCUGAUCCAACGCUGCUCUCGUCUUAUGGCGAUGAUAUGGUGGCCUUGAACCGGCCUUUGUACAACCAUGCCAUGAAGCCGCCGGGUGUGCCACACAUGCCAAACUACCCUGGCGCGACUGCUUUCACUCCAGCGGUGCCGCCGCCACCAUCGCAGACAGCUGCUGCACAUGCUGCAGCGGCUGCUGCCGCAGCAUGCCAGUCAACCUCGAAGCCUGAUUGUAUCGACGAGAAGCUGAUUGACGAAGUUUUGGGACUAGAUUUGUUCGACCAUGUUGGUGUCACUUACAAGGUGGCCGACUUGGGCAAUGCGUGUUGGGUAGAAAGGCACUUCUCCGAUGACAUCCAGACGAGGCAGUACCGUUCACCUGAGACAAUCAUCAACGCUGGCUAUGACACCUCUGCAGACAUUUGGUCAUUGGCCUGCAUGGUUUUUGAGCUCGCAACCGGUGACUACCUUUUUGACCCCAAGGCCUCCGACGAAUACCCACGAGAUGAGGACCACCUGGCACUCUUCAUCGAACUCCUGGGAUCCAUGCCAAAGGAUUUGAUCACCCGGGGUCGUCGCUCCAACACUUACUUCAACCGGCGUGGCGAGCUCCGGCACAUCAAGUCCCUGCGCUACUGGCCUUUGGCCGAGGUGCUCCUCCAAAAGUAUCACAUGCACGAGGUCGAGGCUCGCAGUUUGGCAUCCUUUCUCCUGCCGAUGCUCCACCUUUUGCCUGAAGACAGGAUUUCAGCGAAGGCUGCUUUGGAGCAUCCCUGGCUGCGAGGGGAGCCCAGUGAAGAUGUGAUUGACAUGGUCAACCGCAAUGCGUUGAACAUGCCUCGUCUUGGAGUUGCUCCACCCUUCGGAGCCAGAGACGGUAGAGGAGGCAUGGGAAUGGUGUUUCCAGAUGAGGAGGAGAUCGCACAACAUUAA